GAAACGUUUCCUGUGCUGAAUUUUGGGAUCAUACAUGUAACCAGUUCUGCCGUCCAAGUUGUAAUACGAUCCAACAUUAUUCAUUGUAAUCAACAAAAUGUCAGUGUUACGUCACCCAUCGCUACGACUACUAUGCAUUCUAGUAUUUAACAUGAUGUAUGUUUGUCAGUCUCAGUUUGAGAAAUCUGUCAGAAGAGUCUCGCCACCAUAUCCAUCUAGCUUCAACAUCAGCCAGAUCAAUGGUGCUGCCAUAACAUUUGGUCCCGAGGGAUCAGAAAAUGACGGCAAGUUCUACCGGACACUGACGUUACUGGAUAAUAAACUAUUUGUUGGAGGAAAUACAUCGUUGUUUUCAGCAAGAACCCAAGACCUGCAAACGCUUGACUCUGUCUCGAUUCCGAAACAACCAGAGCUUGGAUGGUCUUGCGAUGAGAAAUAUUGCAAUAACUUCAUUCGUGUCAUCCAGCCAGUUUCCGAUGAUGUUCUCUUAGAGUGUGGUACAAAUUCAUUCAGACCUUACUGCCAACAAAGAUCUUCCCAAAAUCUUUCAAAAACGAUUGGAUCUCCGCAGAAGCGAUCCUUUGUAGCCCCUUCAGUGGCCCAUCAAAACUCAAGUUGGUUACUGUUAAACGACUCAGUUUCAGGUUAUCAAAUAUUCGCCGGGACGAAUCUAGAAAACAGUUUAUCGGGAAAAAUGGCGCAGCUUGGAAUCGUCAAAGCAAAUCUGGAGGUGACACCAACAGAGGCGAAGAUAGAUAAUGUAUUAACGACUAAAAAACAUCAAGAUUACGUGCUCAACGGUCCUCAAUUUGUUGGCGAUCCGAUAGAAUACAAUGACAACAUUUACUUCUUCUAUCGUGAGUUUUCUGCAGAGCACAUCAACGCUGGUAAAAUUUUGUACUCGCGAGUGGCUAGAAUUUGUAAGAGUGAAGGAGGAGGAGAUGCCUACAUGUCAUUUGAAAACAAUUUUGUCACCUUCAUGAAAGCACGCUUAGAGUGCUCAAUAGCGGGCGAUCACCCAUACCAUUACAAUCAAAUACAGGACAUCUACCAGUCUACAAAAGAUGAAAAUGUAGUGUUUGCUGUUUUCGCCACUGGACCUUCAGGAGUUGCUAGCUCUGCAUUGUGCGCUUAUCGCUUGGAUGAAAUGGAAUUCUCGUUUGAAAAUAAUCCCUUUAAGGCACAGGUCCAUGGAGAUGUUCAAAAUUUAUGGUUGACAGUUCGGAAACGAGAAAGUGAAAUACAGAAUCGAAAAACGUGUCCUGCUCAAACCAGUUUUUCAAACAAAUUAUAUCUGGACAUCUUAUUGUUUGGCCAACUGUUGGACAAGACAAUGAAGAGUAAACUCCACUAUAAGACCAAGGGAACAGAAGAUUCUAAUCCUCUGCUGAUUGCCUCAGGAGAGCGUUUCACUCAAAUCGUUGUGGAUGAGGACGUUAACUCGGUUGAUGUUUUCUUCAUUGGUACAGAAAAUGGUACUGUGUUGAAGGCUCAUCUUGGAGGACGAUCUGAAGCAAGAAUCGCUGAGGAGAUCAGUUUAAACACAAAUGGAGUCAAGAAGCCUGUUCUUACAAUGUUGAAGAGCGACGCAGAUCAAGCCGUAUUCGUUGGGACAGACGUUGGAGUGUACAAGGUGCCAUUCCAACAUUGCCAAGACUACACGUCUGCUGAAGCUUGUCGGCACCCCUAUUGUGAUUGGAACAACAGGGCAUGCAUAAACUCUACAGCUAACAGAGAACCGGAUAGCAUAGGAAACGAAGACAGUAACAAAAAGGAAAGAAUUGCAAUCUUUCGGAAGCCUGAAGAUCAGACGAGAUUCCCUAACAAGCCUGUCCAUCUGAACUUAGUUGCACGUGCCUUGAAGGGUACUAACCUCAAUGUUGAUGGCGAGACAAUUUUAUGCACUCCCUGCUCAAGUCUUCCUUUUACCAAAAGAAAAUCUGUCAGCUCAAAGUACGAGUUUCUCCUGCUGAGUAUAAAUGGAACUUCCGCUGAGCAGAAGAGCUGUGCAUGCACUUGGUUCCUAGCAACAGGGGAUGGAAAGACAACUGCAACAGGAACCUUCAACCUGGCGUAUGAUAACUCUGACAAACAAAUUUUAACACCAGCGGAAUUAAAAGCACUGAAAAAGUACGACCAGCAAGUCUUAAUACACUUGUUCAAGCAAAAAAGAUGGAGGGCGAAAAUGAUCAACCAAUCCAAAAUGCAGGAUCUGCAACAGCAUCUGCGUCAGUGCCAUGGAGGGAACAUCUAUAGUCAAAGUUCGGAACCACCGUUUCACUUGUCGGGUGUUUUGGACUGACAUGUUAAUAAUAAUAAUAAUAAUGAUAUGAACAUUAAUAAUGCACCGGUAUCCAUCACACAAGAUGCUCAUGGCCAAUUCGAAAUUUAAUAGAAAGAGAAAAGUAUAAUAAAUACAAAGCUACUACAAGAACCAAAUAGAAAACAGAACAAAAACUUUAUGAGCUAUAAGCUUGAGUGAACAACCAUGUUUUGAGAGUUUCCUUUAAACAACUCAAAGAAGAUAUGUUGCGAAUGUUUUGAGGAAGUUUAUUCCAAAGAAGAGGACCAGCAUUAGAAAACAGAUCGAUCCCCGGCCCCAGGAAUUGUGAGUGAGAGAGACAACAAGAUAGGACAAAUCGGAAGAUCUAAGGUUCCUAGCAGGCAUAUUUUGUCAUUAGAGAAGAAUUAUAUUUAGGGGCAAAACCAUGUAAUGAACGUAAAAACAAGUAAGAGCAACUCAAAUAAUACUAACUGAACAGUAAGCCAUCAGUGAAGGGAAUUUAGAAUAGGAGUGAUGUGUUGUCUUUUCCGGGAAAAUGAGACUAUGCGUGCUGCAUUAUUUUGAAGUUUCUGCAGACGCUGUAACUGAAUUUGGGGUAAGUUAUAUAACAGAGAAUAUGUUGUUAUGUAUAUUUGGUUUGCGGUUACACCAUGUGUGUGUCUACUUGCCAGGUAGAUUUGUUUCUUAGAGAACUGUCU